UCGGAAGGAAGGGCUGCAGCUUUACAGCAACAGAGUUUAGACUGUCUUUGCUUCAUCAUCUGAAGGCAAAAUUUUCCAGAUACGGCAGACAGCUCUCAGAGUACAAUAAACAGGGGAUGAGAACUAUUUACAUGGAAAUUUCUUCCUCAUGAUGCAGGGCAGAAGCCUCAGCCGCUUGAUUGUGCCAGACGUUCCCGGGGUUACUGUACAAGGGAAGGAGAGGCAGAGCUAAACAAGGUUUAUGAUUUUAAAGUGCCUGUGUGAAGUCACUUGCUGAGAACUGCAGCCUGGGAGCUCUUGCUGGUUUUCAAGUCUUGUUUUUCUGUCAAAUACACGUUACCCUGACCUUAUGAGUGGAUGAAGAUACCUCAAUUGUCUGACUUUGCCAAGUGCUUGAUUUCAGAAUUUUAAAAGAGAGAAGGAAAAAGAAAUCCUGCUAAGAUCUGAACAUCUAAGUGGCUUAUUCUCCAGCACUGUCAAUAGCGGUGAGCUUCAGAACUAAAUAUUCUCCCAAGGAGUGCCAUGAUAUUGAAGUCACUUUAUUAAGAACACUUGUGUCUGCAAAACAGUCAAGAGACUUGGACGUUUACAGCCAGAGAUGACACUGAGCGUGCUUUUAUUUCAGCCCACAGUCUUCACGUGGGGCAUAUUGAUUGAUGAGUGACUGCCUGCCAAUAAAUUAUCUCCUCACUCUGUUUCUUGCAUUGGAUUUCAUUAAGCAAUUUAUCACUUACCUUCAGACUUACAUGUGGGGUUUUUCAACACAAUAGUUUUGGAAUCAUUGGAACUUGGAUUGAUUUCAUCAUUUACCAGAAACUAACACAACCCAAAUUACUUUAUCAUCAUGGCUUUGAAUGUUGCCCCAGUCAGAGAUACAAAAUGGCUGACAUUAGAAGUCUGCAGACAGUUCCAAAGAGGAACAUGCUCACGCUCUGAUGAGGAAUGCAAAUUUGCUCACCCUCCCAAAAGUUGCCAGGUUGAAAAUGGAAGAGUAAUUGCCUGCUUUGAUUCCCUAAAGGGCCGCUGUUCAAGAGAGAACUGCAAGUAUCUUCACCCUCCAACACAUUUAAAAACUCAACUAGAAAUUAAUGGGCGAAACAAUUUGAUCCAGCAAAAAACUGCAGCAGCAAUGCUUGCCCAGCAGAUGCAAUUUAUGUUUCCAGGAACCCCACUUCAUCCAGUGCCCACUUUUCCUGUAGGUCCCGCUAUAGGGACAAAUACGGCAAUUAGCUUUGCUCCUUACUUAACACCUGUAACCCCUGGAGUUGGGUUAGUCCCAACGGAAAUUCUACCCACCACACCUGUUAUUGUUCCCGGAAGUCCACCUGUCACUGUCCCGGGCUCAACUACAACUCAGAAACUUCUCAGGACUGACAAACUGGAGGUAUGCAGGGAGUUCCAGAGAGGCAACUGUGCCCGGGGAGAGACCGACUGCCGCUUUGCACACCCCGCAGACAGCACCAUGAUCGACACAAAUGACAACACCGUAACCGUUUGUAUGGAUUACAUAAAGGGGCGUUGCAUGAGGGAGAAAUGCAAAUAUUUUCACCCUCCUGCACACUUGCAGGCCAAAAUCAAAGCUGCGCAGCACCAAGCCAACCAAGCCGCGGUGGCCGCCCAGGCAGCCGCGGCCGCGGCCACAGUCAUGGCCUUUCCACCUGGUGCUCUUCAUCCUUUACCAAAGAGACAAGCACUUGAAAAAAGCAACGGUGCCAGCACGGUCUUUAAUCCCAGCGUCUUGCACUACCAGCAGGCUCUAACCAGUGCACAGCUGCAGCAGCACACAGCGUUUAUUCCAACAGGGUCAGUUUUGUGCAUGACACCCGCUACCAGUAUUGUACCCAUGAUGCACAGCGCUACGUCAGCCACUGUCUCUGCAGCAACAACUCCUGCAACAAGUGUCCCCUUCGCAGCAACAGCCACAGCCAAUCAGAUAAUUCUGAAAUAAUCAGCAGAAACGGAAUGGAAUGCCAAGAAUCCGCAUUGAGAAUAACUAAACAUUGUUACUGUACAUACUAUCCUGUUUCCUCCUCAAUAGAAUUGCCACAAACUGCAUGCUAAAUAAAGAUUUAGUUCUUCUGGACAGACCACAACUCUAAGAAGCUAGUGCUGCUAUAUCAUAUAUGAGUAUUAAAUAUGGUAUGCUUAGUAUAUUCCAACCUAAGAUAGUUAACUACCUGAGACCAGCUGUGAUGUUUAAAGACAUAAAGGAUAAAGUUUACUUUUAAAGGGUUUCUAAACAUAGUUUCUGUCCUAGGAAUAUUGUCUUAUCUCCAUAACUAUAGCUGAUGCGGAAAGUCCAACCAAAUUACUCAUUUCGACUCAGAAUUCUAUCUCAAAGUUAGCAAUAAACAAUUAGCAUUAGUUUCAACACCUAUUCCAAGGGCAGGUUCAAUUCUAACUCCAAUCGCUGUCAUAUCAUUUACCCACUGGAUCAAAAGGUAUGUUUCACUUCUUGAGACCAUGAAUGCUGCAGCAAAGACGAGAAGUGAAGUAAAACUGACACCUGUCCUGCAGGUCUAAAAUUUGAAUGGACAUUCAAGCACAAGUACUGGGGACACAUCAAAGUGUGGGAUUUGGUUUGCCUGGAGAUGCCGCGUUAAAUCAUGUGAUUCUAGACUAACAUUAACUAGAUUGAAAAAGAAACUUUGCACGGUAUGAGCUUCAUACCCCACCAAACAAAGUCUUGAAGGUAUUAUUUUACAAGUAUAUUUUUAAAGUUGUUUUAUAAGAGAGACUUUGUAGAAGUGCCUAGAUUUUGCCAGACUUCAUCCAGCUUGACAAGAACGAGAGGCCCAUGCCAACCGUCUAAUCUAAGGGAUUAGUCCUUCAAACUCACCAUCCGUUUGCCUGUUGCAGAAUAACUCUUCUAAACUAAAAACCUAGUCAAACAAGGGAGCUGUAGGUGAGGAGAUCUGUAUAAUAUUCUAAUUUAAGUAAGUCUGAGGUUAGUCACUGAAAAGUUGACUGUGACUUUAAUCUAAAUUACUAUGUAAACAAAAAAGUAGAUAGUUUCACUUUUUAAAAAUCCAUUACUGUUUGCAUUUCAAAAGUUGGAUUAAAGGGUUGUAACUGACUACAGCAUGGAAAAAAAUAGUUCUUUUAAUUCUUUCACCUUAAAGCAUAUUUUAUGUCUCAAAAGUAUAAAAAACUUUAAUACAAGUACAUACAUAUUAUAUAUACACAUACAUAUAUAUACUAUAUAUGGAUGAAACAUAUUUUAAUGUUGUUUACUUUUUUAAAUACUUGGUUGAUCUUCAAGGUAAUAGCGAUACAAUUAAAUUUUGUUCAGAAAGUUUGUUUGAAAGUUUAUUUUGAGCACUAUCGUACCAAAUAUUUCAUAUUUCACAUUUUAUAUGUUGCACAUAGCCUAUACAGUACCUACAUAGUUUUUAAAUUAUUGUUUAAAAAACAAAACAGCUGUUUUAAAUAAAUAUUAUGUGUAAUUGUUUAAAACAUCCAUUUUCUUUGUGAACAUAUUAGUGAUUGAAGUAUUUUGACUUUUGAGAUUGAAUGUAAAAUAUUUUAAAUUUCGGCAUCACCGCCUGUUCUGAAAACUGUAUGCACCAACCAUAUCAUUUUUGUUUGAGAAAAAAGAAAUCCACCAUUUUAAUUAAUGUUGGUCAAAGUCUAAUGCCCAUUUAUCUUAUAUCCUAGAUUUGAUAACCCUGUCAAAAGAAAAUCACAUUCUAAGUGUAAUCUUACAUAGUGCUUGUAUCGUUGCAUUUGUUUUAUUUUGUGGAAAAGUAUUGUAUCUAACUUGUAUUUUUUUUAGUAGUUUCAUCUUUAUGUAUUAUUGAUAUUUGUAAUUUUCUCAACUAUAACAAUGUAGUUAUGCUACAACUUGCCUAAAACAUUCAAACUUAUUUCCUUUUUUCUUUUUUUCUUUGUUAAUUCACUUACACUCAUUGAAAACAUAGUAUACAUUACUAAAAGGUAAAUUAUGGGAAUCACUGAAAUAUUUUUGUAGACUAAUUGUUGUAACAUUGUCUUUUUUUUCUUUUGUUUCAUGAUUUUGAUGUUAAAACUUAUUAGCACACAACUGUUUUCAGCCCUUUAAUAAUGGAGUAUCAAAAACGUCACCUGGAUCCCCAAGCAAAUAUAGAGGACUGUAUUUUUACUAUGAUAUCCAUUUUCCAGAAUUGUGAUUAUAAUAUGCAAAGAGUCAUAAAUAUGCCAUUUACGAUAAGGAGGAGGCAAGGCAAAUGCAUAGAUGUACAAAUAUAUGUACAACAGAUUUUGCUUUUUAUUUAUUUAUAAUGUAAUUUUAUAGAAUAAUUCUGGGAUUUGAGAGGAUCUAAAACUAUUUUUCUGUAUAAAUAUUAUUUGCCAAAAGUUUGUUUAUAUUCAGAAGUCUUGACUAUGAUGAAUAAAUCUUAAAUGCUUUGUUUAAUUACAAAAACAAAACACCAAUAUCCAAGACAUGAAGAUAGCAGUUCAACAAAUACUGUAGUUAAGAGACGAACUCGCCACUUGUAUGGGAACUACAUUUCACUCUUGGUUUUCAGUAUAUAAUAGCACUUCACUGAUAUAUUCAUUCAGCCAUACCACUGGUAACAUUUCUACUAAAUCUUUCUGUAACACUUAAAGAAUUCCCUCAUUCAUUACUUUCCAGUGUAAACAGGAGUCUAAUUUGUAUCAAUUCUAUGUUUUGGUUGUAAUAUUCAGUUCACUCACCCAAUGUACAACCAAUGAAAUAAAAGAAGCAUUUAAAAGGA